GUAACUCGCCCCAGUCCUCUGCCGCAGACCUCAGCAAAUGCAGUAACCCACUGGAAGGGGACUCAGGGACCUGGGCAGGCUCCUCCCUGCGACGGACCUUCAGCUUCCUCUUGGGCAUGACCGGCAAGGCCAAGACCCGGGAAAAGGAGAAGAUGAAGGAAGCCAAGGAUGCUCGCUAUACCAACGGCCACCUCUUCACCACCAUCUCAGUCUCGGGCAUGACCAUGUGCUAUGCCUGUAACAAGAGCAUCACAGCCAAGGAAGCCCUCAUCUGCCCAACCUGCAAUGUGACUAUCCACAACCGCUGUAAAGACACCCUGGCCAACUGUACCAAGGUCAAGCAGAAGCAACAGAAAGCUGCUCUACUGAAGAACAAUACCGCCUUGCAGUCUGUCUCUCUUCGAAGUAAGACAACCACCAGAGAGCGGCCAACCUCUGCUAUCUACCCUUCGGACAGCUUCCGGCAGUCCCUCCUAGGUUCUCGGCGUGGCCGCUCCUCCUUGUCUUUGGCCAAGAGUGUUUCCACCACCAACAUUGCUGGACAUUUCAAUGAUGAGUCUCCCCUGGGGCUGCGUCGGAUCCUCUCCCAGUCCACAGACUCCCUCAACAUGCGGAACCGAACCCUGUCCGUGGAAUCCCUUAUUGAUGAAGGUGCUGAAGUGAUCUACAAUGAACUGAUGAGUGACUUUGAGAUGGAUGAGAAGGACUUUGCGGCAGAUUCGUGGAGCCUUGCCGUGGACAGCAGCUUCCUGCAACAGCAUAAAAAGGAAGUGAUGAAGCAGCAGGAUGUCAUCUACG